GCCCACAUGCAGGAACGCCCCGAAUUACGGGCUGCAGUUGCACCCUUCUCACCUUGGAAAGCUCUCACUGACUGUUACCAGGCAGACAAAGUUCCAACAUGGCAGCAACGGGGGACGCAGAUGAGACUCAGUUGCAAGAGAUGGAGGAAGAGGCAGUGAUGGAAAAUGAAAUGGAUUCAGAUGAAGAGGAGGGUUUGGGAAUUGAAAAUUCCGACGAUGAAAUAGACAAUUCAUCAGAAGACGAAAAAGAGAAUGAAGCCGAAAUUCAGCGUUUGGAGGAGCAGCUGUCCAUCAAUGCUUUUGAUUACAACUGUCAUGUGGACCUCAUAAAACUCCUGAGGCAGGAGGGGGAGCUGCCUCGGCUGCGUAAGGCAAGGCAGAAGAUGAGUGAGCUCUUCCCACUCACUGAAGAGAUUUGGCUGGACUGGCUCAAGGAUGAGAUCCACCUAACAGAAGAGGAGCCGAACCGGGAGAAAGUCUAUGAGCUCUUUGAGACGGCUAUGAAAGAUUAUAUCUGCCCUGAAAUCUGGCUGGAAUAUGCCCAAUACUCUAUCGGGGGCAUGGGACUGCCUGGUGGGAUGGAGAAGGUGAGGUCCAUCUUCGAGAGAGCCCUGACAGCUGUGGGGCUGCACAUGACCAAGGGGGCGACAGUGUGGGAGGCCUACAGGGAGUUUGAGAACGCCAUACUGGCAACUGUUCAGCCGCCCCCUGGCAGCGUUCCCACCCGCGAGCAGCAGGAGCUUCUGAACGCUCAGCUCGAGCGCAUCCACACUCUGUUCCGCCGCCAGCUGUCCAUCCCCUUAAUGGACAUGGACGGAACAUAUGCAGAGUAUGAGGAGUGGUCUGACCAGGGGGUGUCUGAUACAGUCUCCCAGAAGUACAAGGGGGCCCUGCAAGAAAUGGAGAAGAGCAAGCCUUAUGAGGAGACUCUGAUGAUAGCCGAGCCACCCAAGCUGGCAGAAUAUCAGACCUACAUUGACUAUGAGCAAAAGGAGGGUGACCCAGCACGGAUCCAGAUCAUCUUUGAGCGGGCAUUGUCAGAAAACUGCCUGGUACCAGACAUGUGGGCAAAGUACACCAAAUACCUGGACCGCCAACUGAAGAUCAAAGACCUGGUCCUGUCCUCUCACAACCGUGCGGUCAGGAACUGCCCCUGGACCAUGGGCCUGUGGAAGAACUACCUGCUGGCCCUGGAGAGGCAUGGGGCUGACCACCACACCAUCUCAGAUGUUUUUGAAAGGGCCCUGAAUGCUGGUUUCAUACAAGCCACAGAUUACGUGAAUAUCUGGGAAGCGUACCUUGAUUACCUGAGGCGGCGCGUCGAUUUCAGCAAAGGUGAAAGCACCUUAACAUUGGAGUCGAGCAGAGAGCUGGAGGAGCUGCGGGCAGCCUUCACCCGGUCCCUGGACUAUAUGAAACAGGAUGUGGAAGAGAGGUUUAGUGAAAGUGGAGACCCCUCUUGUACUAUCAUGCAGGUCUGGGCAAAGAUAGAGGCCUUGCAUUGUAAGAACAUGCAGAAGGCCAGAGAACUGUGGGACAGCAUCAUGACAAAAGGGAACGCCAAAUUCGCCAACAUGUGGUUGGAGUACUAUAACCUGGAGAGGUCGUACGGAGAUGCUCUCCACUGCAGGAAAGCCCUCCACAGGGCCGUCCAGUGUACCUCCGACUACCCAGAGCAUGUGUGCGAGGUCCUGCUCACCUUUGAGAGGGUUGAGGGUUCUCUGGAGGACUGGGAUGCAGCGGUGCAGAAGACUGAGACACGGCUGAACAGAGUCAAUGAGCAGAGGGCCAAGGUGACAGAGAAAGAGGCCCAUGUGACUCGCCAGGUGGAGGAGAAGACUGAACAGCGGCGGAGGGCCAAGGCAGACAAGAAGAACCAGAAGAAGGGCCAGAAAGGCAGCAGGCCUGGAGAGAAGAGGAAGGCAGAGGACAAGGAUUACGAGGAUGAGUGGGGAGAGGAAUCGGAGCAACCUCCAAAGAGGCACCGAAGGGAGGGCGACCAAGGCUUCAGGGGGGGAUGUGGUGGUGCUGAGGAGUUCAUGGGGACAGAGAGUGGGCUGUUUGGGAGGAGAGCCCCCCCUGGCCGCAGACAGGAACCACCUGGUACUAAGAGGGGCCAGCAGGUGGCGCCAGCCACCUUAUGGAAGACCCAGGAAGACGACCCCGAGCUACGCAAGGACGACUGCAGUGUGUUUAUCAGUAACCUGGCCUUCACCAUGGAGGAUCCAGAGAAGAGGCUGAAGAAGUUGUUUGAGCCCUGUGGUCCUGUCCAGUCAGUGCGCCCCGUCUAUGCUGCCAAGGGCUUCAGAGGGUACUGCUACGUACAGUUUGAGGGCAAGGCGUCUGUGGUCGAGGCCCUGAAGAUGGACCGGCAAGAGGUGGAAGGCAGGCCCAUGUUCGUAUCACCCUGUGUGGAUAAAAACAAGAACCCUGAUUUUAAGGUGUUUAAGUACAACACAAACCUAGAGAAACACAAGAUCUUUAUCUCGGGCCUGCCCUUUUCCUGCACCAAGGAGCAGCUAGAGGAGCUAUGCAAGGUUCAUGGCACCAUUAAAGACAUCCGCUUGGUCACCAACCGCUCAGGCAAACCCAAGGGUCUGGCGUACGUGGAGUUUGGGGAUGAGGCUCAGGCCUCCCAGGCCGUGCUGAAGUUGGAUGGCACAGUACUACAGGAACACACACUCUCUGUUGCCAUUAGCAACCCGCCUCGCAGAAACACUGCCGACAAGCCUGGCUUCAGCAGACCCGUGGGAGCCAUGAUGCCCCGGUCUAUGGUCUAUGGAUCGAGGGGAAAAGGGCGCACCCAGCUCUCACUACUCCCUCGUUCACUACAUCGGCAGAGAGGAUCAGAAAGUAAAGCAGAGAAUGGGACUGCACCUAAACCCACAGGGGGCGCAUCUGGAGAUGCUGGGAUUGAAGCACAAGCCAAGCCCUUGUCUAAUUCAGACUUUGCCAAAAUGCUUUUCAAAAAGUGAAAAUAAUAAAAACUGCCUUUGUAUGGAAAGCCAUCUUGUGUCCUUGAGGAGAAGAGAUGGCAGAUAUUGUGCUGUACAUUUUUGACUCUCCUUUAUUCCAUACCAAUGGCCCCCAUCUUCCUUGUCACUUUCUGUAAGAAAGCCUUAAUCUCCCUGGCUCAACUGGCCCCAGACUCCAUAUUACUACAUCCUUGUGAACAAGUGUGAGUGCCUGUUUUAAUUACCAAUUUCAGUUUGUUUUUAAUUGGGAAAGGUGUUUUAUAGAAGACGUAUCAUAUGUGUGUAUGUAAAUAAUACUUAUCGUGUGUUCUGUUUUGGGAAGGGAUAUAAAAAAAAAUCCAAAACCAGCUUGUGACUCAUGUUUUAAAAGGUAUAUGCAAGAGCUUGACAUUGUGUAAAUAUGUAUUACAACGAUGAAAGAUUUUUUUUUGUGUGUUAAGUUUCCUUUAGGUGUCAACAUACCACUCAUUGUUUUGUUUGCCCUACAUGCAACAAUAUUUGUUCCCAUGCAGUGAAUGACUAAUAUUUCACUUUACAGAAUAUUACCUAAAACUGCAGUUGUACAAAUAAUUACUGGCCAGAAAUCAUUCCUCACCUGUUCUGUGCUCACAUUUAGACUAGUUUAAGUCUUUGCCCAUAAAAACAUAAUCCUUUAUUAUUCCCUUACCGGGACUUCUUUGAUGGCACUGUAAUGUAAGGUUGUCUGACUCAUUAAAACCCAUCCAUGUUUAGGCUGUCUUACCUGAAAGGUUAGAAGAGAAUACUUUUUUUUAAUGUAUUCUCAUUUAUUCCUGAGAUUGUUUCCAAUUUGCUCAUUCCUGUCUAGGGUAUUGAAUAAGCUAUGAGAUGGGUAGGGAAUGAACUGACAGUUUGGAGAAGCACUAAAGGGCCAUCUCAUUCUAAUCAGUCCUGUCCACAAGUGAAUCAACCAUUGUUGGGAGAAAGAAUCUAUGCAGCGGUUUUGAUUGCAAGAGCCCUCCAUGUCCACAUAUUGUAGGCAGAUUUGAUACGUUCAAUAAAUUACAUCGUGGUAAUGUAAAGGUUUGAACUAAAUUCCUAAAUCUCAUUUGCCUUUCAAAUGAAUGUGGUCAUUAACAAUUCUGUUGACCAGUAAUCCUGUUUGGAUGAGUGGGGAACAUCAUGUGUGUUCAGAAUUCACACACUCCAAGUGAUUGGCCAUAGUUUUGUAAUACAUUAUGUUUGAGAAUUAUUAGCUAUAUCUAGCGACGUUCUAUCACCACAGUGGCCUAAUCUAGUUAGAGACUACAAACAUUUGAGCUUUCGAAGUUGCUUUCUGUUUGUCCAAUGUAUGAUGUACAUUGUGUAGUAAUUUUGAAAUCAUUGUCAUGGUGUUCACAUUUUUCUAUUACGAGAACGCAAAUGUAAACUAGAAAUAGCUUGUUUUUUAGUUACAAAAUUAUCAGGGCAACCCUGUGAGAUUGAACUUGUUUUACUUUUGUUCAGUGAUCCUUUUAUUUACCGCUUGUUCCAAGUUUUACACUUGUCAUUUGAGUCUUGUAAAAAUGUCAUCUUGUGGUUUUGUUGCCAUUUCUGACCUUAAGUUGUUUAUUAAAGCAAUUCAAAUAGA